AUGGUCGUAUGGAAGGCGCACCUGUCAAUCCAUCUCGUCGCAAAAUCGCGACUUCCUCUUCAGGUAGAAAGAACAGUUGCUAUCUUCCUUCCAGAUCCCAUGUCCUGCCUAGAGAGGAAGGGAGGUGCGUCCUUUCCUUCUGAGGGUCAGGCAGGUAAGAUCCGGUCUCCCUACCUACACAGCACGCACUUGGAGGCGUUUAGUGACGGGAUUCGCUUCACGGCCAACGCUUCUUACUGUGUAGAUCCGAAAACACAGACAAAGACGGAUAUACCUACACAAUACACUCUAUAUCGCACAAGCAGUCUUCGACAUCUCAACCCUAUUGUGAUUGUCGCUUUCGACAUCAACAUUGCCUGGUCAUGUCGGAGAAUUUGGCAUCCCUUCUGGGACGACCCGUAG